UUUUUUAACCGUUCCGUAAAUAAACGAAUCAUACAGUCUGUGGUCACAGUGAAAUAUCUAUGAAAAUAUAAAACCAAUGCGAAUUUUUAUUACAUGGCCGCAUAUUUAAGGAUGCUGUAGCUACAUUGAUGUCAUUCUUUCAGGCCAGUGCUAGUGCCAGGCUGUGGUGGUGCACACAGGCAGCUUGUGGCCAAUGCCACAGGCUAUACCUGCUGGGAGAAGUGGACUGUCAGUCUCAGGACGAGCUCUAAGUUGGCCUCAACGGACUGGUUUUGACUGUGAAUGCAGAAGUGGUGUGUGCUGCUAUGUCAGAGUUAAAUAAAGAUGUGGUGGAUUUGGUUUGGGGGAGACCUUCCAGUGGAGUGUCUGCCUCUAUCUUCCGUAGAUGGACCCAAGGUUUUGUAUUCAGUGACAGUGAGCCCACUGCAUUGGAGCAGUUUGAAGGAGGACCUUGUGCUGUCAUUGCACCUGUUCAAGCAUUCCUCUUGAAAAACAUUCUCUUUAACAGAGAAAGCGCCAGCUGGAGACAAGUGUCAGAAUUAGAUCAGAAGACAGCCCUGUGUUCCACACUGAGUGAAAUCCUGGAGUCUGCCUGCUCCAGUCCAUCUACUGGGUUCUGCCUUGUGACCUGGGCCAAGGGACAGACCCCACACACCAGCAAACGCACCAACACACAGACAGAGAGCCAAACUCAAGACAUGCCAGAACCAGAGAGCAGUCAGCCGUCACUGGAACAGCAGCCGACUGCUUUGGCUGCUGAGGAUCUUGGUUUUGAGCAGUUUCACAGUGUUCUUCACAAGCGAACUGUCUUGUCAGUCUCUGAUCUCCGAGAGGAGGUGUUGUCGCUCUACCACACCUGGAGGGGGUGCUGUGGAGUCUUACUUUUCCUCUAUUCUGUCAUUCUCACCAAGGGCAUAGAGAAUAUACGAAAUGAGAUUCAGGACACGUUGGAGCCUCUCAUAGACCCUGUGCAUGGCCAUGGCAGUCAGAGCCUUGUGAAUCUCUUCAUAACUGGCCAUGCUGCCUCUAAUGUCUGGGAUGGAGAGAGGGAGUGCUCUGGCAUGAAGCUACGUGGUAUUCAUAAACAGGCAUCAGUUGGCUUCCUCACACUUAUGGAGUCAUUGCGCUACUGCAAGGUUGGGGCAUUCCUCAAAUCUCCAAAGUUCCCUAUUUGGAUUCUUGGCAGUGAAACUCAUCUCUCAGUUUUUUUCACCAAGGAGAUGUCCCUGGUAGGUCCUGAGUCUCCAUCCGAACAGGCCAGGAGGGUCUUCCAGUCAUUUGAUCCUGAAGAUAAUGGCUUCAUUCCAGAGUCUCUUCUGGAGGAUGUGAUGAAGGCCCUUGACCUUGUCUCGGAACCAGAGUACAUCAGUCUAGUGAAGACAAAGUUGGAUCCAGAGAGUUUGGGCAUAAUUCUUUUGGGCCCGUUCCUUCUGGAGUUCUUCCCUGAUCAGGAUUCAGGAAUUCCAGACUCAUUUCCCGUCUACCACUACAAUGGACUCAAACAGUACCACAACGAGAAGGUGGAGUACGUGGAAGGGACCGCCUUGGUACUGGGCUUUGAGGACCCCAUGGUUCGGACAGACGACACUCCAGUCAAGCGCUGCUUACAGACCAAAUGGCCAUACAUCGAGCUGCUGUGGACCACUGACCGCUCCCCAUCACUGAACUAGCGGCACCCGCUGAGUCUGUGUGUGUGGAUCGUCCGCUACUGCCACUCUGCCCCCCUCCCCAUACACACACCAACACCACCACUCAGUACACUCACACCCCCCCUCCUAAGGCCAGCAUGUUGCCAGGACUGAGGCGCAUACACACCACAGGCAAAUGACAAAUGGACAAAUCGCACACGCUUUCUCAGACCCACACAUUCCACUUGAAUGCAAACCAACAAACUUAUGUUUACCGAUUAUGCUGUUGUCUGUAACACAUGGCUUGUAAUUCCACACACAGGAUGUUUUUCAUGUGAUUAUUUGGAAAAGAAGGAAUGACUCUUUAUUUUUUCACAGUUCCGCUCUGUGUCGACACCUCUGCUACAUUUUAGCAAUAGAUAGCGAGACACUGUUUAGAAAACAAACUGGUUUGGGCUCUGCAGUUUUUAGUGCACACACUGAGCCGCGAGUACAGCCAGUCGACUGUAAAAACACUACUGUUAACUCGAGCUGUGGGACUGUUUGAGGGAAGUCUACCAAAGCCCUUUCACAUACGCGAACAUGGAGACAGACUUGCACCGCAGCACUCAGUGUUUACAGCGUAAAGGGACCAACCCACGCGCAGAGAUCUGGAGCUCUGAGCAGGAAGUUUCUUCAGUGUCACAGGCUUGAGUAGGUGCUGUACGCAUCAUGCACCACAACGAAUGUUGGCUGAUUGCUUGUGUAUUUAUUAUUACACUUAAAGGCUCUGAAUAAACACUUUUUGUUCAAACAAUG